AUGACACGACAACAAGACUACCGCAUCAACCCAAAUGUAAAGAAUGUCUUCACAGACUACGAGAGGUAUUUCAUGCUUUUUGGAACGCGUUUUGAUCUUUGGCCCGAUAGCGCCUUCCCUUAUCAAAGAGAAUAUUCCAUUCGCAGUCUCAGAGACUACCUUUCAAAUCCAAAUGUAUAUUAUUUCUGUCCACGUGAAAUCAAAAAUCGGAUAUAUUCAAUGUCCGCCAUCCAAUUCGUUUUGUCCAAAAUACGACGAGGGACUUACAAAUUUCCAAAAGAACUUACUAAUACAUACAAUGAGGGGUGGGAGCUCGGGUGUGAUAUUUGCCUUCUUAAGGAAAUGGACCGCGAGGGGCUUGAAUACUUUGAAAUGUAUUUACGAAACGAUAGCAUCAACUACGUCUUGUCAACUGUUAUGAAGUACAACGCAGAGCAACAGAUCUGCUUUAUCAAGCAAAGAUGUGCUCUUUUGCUCCGGACCAUUCUCGUUAAGGUGUAG